CUUACACAUCCAUUGAGAACCGACGCGUUUAAUUUGUGCUCACAAUGAAAUCGUUCAUCGUAUUAUCAGCCCUCGUGGCUGUCGCGUGCGCCGCUCCUCAGUUUCAGCCCUUUGUGCCACAGCAGCAGCAAUACGUAAACCCCCAGUUCAUCCCUAUUCUCAGACAGUCCCAGACAGUCAACCCCGACGGAUCAUACGAGUUCAGUUACGAAACCGGCAACGGCAUAGCCGCGCAAGAGCAGGGGUAUUUGAAGAAUGCUGGAAUUAAAGACGCGGAGGCUCAGGUUGCGCAGGGCUCCUACGCGUACACCUCGCCCGAGGGCAUCCCCAUCUCUGUGUCCUACAUCGCUGACGAAUACGGUUUCAGAGCUGAGGGCGCCCACCUACCCACCCCACCACCAAUCCCAGAAGCCAUCGCGCGCGCACUCAAGUACAUAGCAUCCCAGCCCCCGCAACCACAGAACCAGCCCCAGGGGUUCCGCGGUUGAACAACCAACGACAAGGCGACGACUACACCUAGAUAUUAAGACGAUCUUUUACUGUGAUGUAUUAUAUUUUAUAGAACUAAAUUAGGAAUUAUUCUUUAAUAAAUUUUAUA